UUUUGAGAUUCCCCGGUACGAAGUACUAUGUAAGUUGUGAAGGAAACCCUCCCUCCCUUUGUCAAUCAGGAGAGAGAGAGAGCGGCGUGUUAGGCCCUCACUUAUGGAUUUCUUGCGCCCGGCGAGCAAUAUGACUAAAUGGGGACUAGUUCCUGGGCACGCGUUUCCGUCACCCGUCGAUCAGUUGGCCGCCGAAGCCUUCCGCCAAUUUGGAAAAUAAAUCAUCAUCAGUGAAAUCAUAAUAAACACCUCCCAGUGUCUUCUACGUCUUGUAUUUCCGUCAUCUUUGAUCUUACAACCUCCAUCCUACCCUCUAUCGCAUAAAACCAAAAGGCCAUAGAUGCUUGGCUCGCUUGAAUAUAUGUUUUGAAACAGGGAGAUGCCGUGGACUGUAACAAAUUCAUUCAAGCGAGGCCUUAUGAUGAAAACGUACGGUAGACCCGUAUGGCGCGUCUAUGAUGACGACCAGAGUCCAGCGGCUAAGAAAAGACGCGUUCAAUCGGGGAAUGAAUCGGACGAGGCAGAGAACAGCAUCCAAUACGCCAUUCGCGAGUCGUCCGCCGCUGUCCUAUCCAGUCCGUCGCGUCGCAAUUCCAUCCUUCUCUCUGAAGGAACGCAGGAUGAUGACCUGUCUACACCUCCGUCCUCACCGCCGCCUCGGCUGAGUUCACCUCCUGCCAACACGCGAAAACCCACUUUCGCGUUUCUCAAACGCAAACAAUCGGCGAACAAGGAAGCUGGCAAUAGCUCCCCGCUCACUGAGGUCAACUCUAAUAGUGUACGCGCAUCGGUAGACCCUCCCAAGAAGGCAGUGUCGCAGCAACCCGCCUUAAAACAGAUGCAACUUGACCUAGGACACGAAGUGAGAAGAACCUGCGCGACCUGUGGAAUGGAGUAUGUGCCGUCGAACUCGGAGGAUGCAGCUCUACAUAAGAAGUUUCAUGACAUGAAUUCAACAGGAGUGGAUCUGGGUAAAGCAUUCAUGAGGGCAAAUGCCUCGCGCUGGGUUUAUGAGGCUACUCGCUUCGAUGAGGGGUAUGUGGUCAUUGUCGAUCGAAAAGCGUCUCCGACCGCGAAAAAUCAGGCCAAGAAAGUUCUGGAGGUUAUUAAUAAGGAGUUGUCUUCCCCCGAGAUUCAAGAUGAUGUCCUAUGGAGCCAGACCGAACCCCCGACACACUUGCGCAAAAACGGUGUGCCAGAGAAAGUGGACCGUUACAAAGUUUUCCUGCAUAUGAAGGAUAGUCGAUGCGUCGGUGCCUGUUUAACGGAGCGAAUUUGGGAAUCACGACCGGUUGAGAAACGUUCUAGCCAGACCAAUCGCACUGAUUCUGCAGUCACGGUUCGCAACGAAACUCAUCCGGCAAUCGUGGGGAUUUCACGCAUAUGGACAUCUGGGUCAUCGCGACGGAAAGGGAUCGCGAUGGAUCUUUUGGACUGCGUGGUCAGCAAUUUUAUAUACGGCAUGGAAAUUCCAAAGGAGCAGAUGGCAUUCAGCCAGCCUACCGAAAGUGGUAGAGCCUUGGCGCAGUCAUUCUUUGGGGAUGAUGAGUGGCAUGUAUACGAGGAAAGCUGAACGAAGUUUGCAUAUCAGUAACAUCUGCCCAGCGGAGGGACGAUACAUUACCAUUUUUUUUGUGUCUUUGUUUUUUUUUCUUUUUUUUUCAAUAAACGGGCGAGCUGAUACCCUCCUUUCUCGGACAAUGGAACUCGAGGGAGGAAUACUGUGACGACCAUUUAUCAUUUCGUAUUGUAUAACCCUGGUGUUUGGGAAGGGUAGUCUGCUUUUCAUACCGAUCUUUUUUUUUCCCUUCCAAUUUUGGGUUAAUUCUUUUCCCUGUAACAUAUACCUAUUCAUUAUCAUUUCUCUCUCUCUCUCUCUC